AAGGAAAGAAAGGACGGAGGAGGUUCAUGUUGAGGCGCAAGUAAUCCUUCAGAAACCUGCGUUGCAUUCGAAGCUUUCAUUCUGAUCGAAAGCUGGAGGCUCCCUUGUUUUUCAUCGAUUUCAACCCCAAACGAUAUUGCAAUAUCUCUUCAGAUCAGAAUCGUUAGUUCUUCAGUUGAUUGUCCUCUUUGAUUAGAGCUAAGCGACCUCAGAUUCGUCGUAAAUGGCCGAGUAUUGGCGGACCAUUCAAUUGUUCUCGCAAUGUAGCAUUCGUCGCCGCUUUGAUUUCAGUCCUUAGGCUAUACAUGGUGUUUUGAGGCUUUGCGAGGUUCGAAGAUAUCGAGGAGUAUGCGAUGGAAUGCGUGAUACAUUAGGGUUCCAUCGAAGGGUCUUAAGCUGCUUCAGAGCUGAAACUUCUGUUUAGUUGUGCAUGGCAUAUAUUAUAAAUUGAAGAUGGUUGAUGGAGGUGGUGUCCAAGUGAUUCCUAUUGUUGCAUUUGGCCAUCUUCCGUUUCUUUGGUAAUUGGAGGUUAGAAUGGCAGCAUUCUGUCUUGAAUUAUUGCAGUGUCUUUCUCCUUGUGUUUGAGAUUUGGAUUUCUUUGUGCUGCUGCGGAGGAAGAAGAUAUACAGUGUGUAGGGUUCGCCUAUAGUAAACCUUCCCGUGUUGGGGAUUUGGGCGGAGUUCAUGAGUACGAAUUUUAUUUAGAAUUUUUCGUUCUGAUGGAAUGAAUAACGAAUUUUUUACUUGGCCUGUUAGCUCAGAAGUUGCCAGAAGGUUUUUAUGGGGCGUAUUUGGACAUUGUUCUCUGACCUUCCAGAUCCUUUGUGUUGUUCAAAUGGGUUUCAUUCUGUACGGGGGCUGUUCCUGAUCUUGCAACACGAAUGGCUGACUCGCAGUGUGGUCUUGCCAAAAGGGAUGUGGAGCAGGCCAUUACAUCCCUUAAGAAAGGGACAUAUCUGCUAAAAUAUGGUCGCCGAGGAAAGCCUAAGUUUUGUCCAUUCCGACUUGCUAAUGAUGAGUCUCUAUUGAUAUGGUACUCUGGCAAAGAGGAGAGGCAGCUUAAACUGAACCAUGUAUCAAGGAUUAUACCUGGGCAGCGUACUGCAAUAUUUCAGCGGUAUCCACAGCCUGAUAAGGAAUACCAAUCAUUUUCUCUAAUAUAUAGUGAUAGAUCCUUGGAUUUGAUAUGUAAAGAUAAGGAUGAAGCUGAAGUCUGGUUUGUUGGUCUAAAGGCAUUGAUUACACGUGGUUGCUACCACAAAUGGAACACUGAACCAAGCAAUAGAAUUUUAGUUGAUAGUCCAAACUUUGAUACUCAAGGAUACUCCCCAUUGGGACCAUGUGAAAUUAACGAUAUCUUCCAUAAGGAUCCUGGGGACACCCAACGAAUUCUGGUUCCAAGUGAAAGCUUUUCACAAAUUGGUUUAGGAAAGGCAUUCUCUGAUGUGAUGACAUAUACUGCUUCUGUCGAGGGUCCCAGCCUUGCAGAGUCAGUUGCCAAUAAUUCUUUGAGCUCAUUUUCAUCCUGUGCUGAUAAUUCUAAUGGUCGGAGUUCUACUGUAGAUAAUGUGAGAGUUAGUUCAUCUAGUGCAGUUAGCUCAUCAAGCCAGGGAUCUGGACGUGAAGACUUUGAUUCUUUAGGUGAUGUUUUCCUCUGGGGAGAAGGGCUUGGGGAUGGGGUCCUUGGUGGUGGUACUCAAAGGGUUGGAAGUUCGUCUGCCACCAAGAUGGAUGCACUUUUUCCCAAGGCACUAGAGUCAUCGGUGGUACUUGGUGUCCACAAUAUUGCUUGUGGUGGUAGGCAUGCUGUUUUAGUCACUAAACAAGGGGAAAUCUUUAGUUGGGGAGAGGAAUCAGGAGGCAGGCUCGGGCAUGGGGUAGAAGCUGAUGUUUCCCAGCCAAGGCUCAUUAAUACACUAAGUGGCCUGAACAUUGAACUAGUUGCAUGUGGAGAUUAUCACACUUGUGCUGUUACAUUGUCUGGAGAUCUUUAUAUGUGGGGUGAUGGUACUUACGGUUCUGGUCUUCUUGGGGAUGAGAGCGAGGCAAGUCACUGGAUCCCUAAAAAAUUAAGUGGUCAAAUGGAAGGUAUACAUGUUUCAUUUGUCUCUUGUGGACCUUGGCACACUGCAGCUGUAACAUCUUCAGGUCAACUUUUUACAUUUGGGGAUGGGACUUUUGGAGCCUUGGGCCAUGGAGAUCGGAGUAGUACUUGCAUGCCAAGAGAAGUUGAGACUCUAAAAGGACUACGGACAAUGAGAGUAGCUUGUGGUGUUUGGCACACUGCUGCCAUUGUGGAAGUUGUGGAUGAGUCAUCUGGUUCUGGUAACUCUUCAUCUGGAAAGCUCUUUACCUGGGGAGAUGGAGAUAAAGGCCGACUUGGGCAUGGUGGUGAUGAAACUAGGCUAGUUCCAGGAUGUGUUGCUCCUUUGGUUGAUGAAAGCUUUUUUCAAGUAGCCUGUGGACAUGACAUUACAGUUGGUCUCACAGCCUCAGGACAAGUUUAUACAAUGGGAAGUACUGUUUAUGGACAGUUGGGGAAUCCUGAUGCUGAUGGAAAGCUUCCCACUUGCAUUGAGGGAAAGAUCAGCAACUGUUUUGUAGAGGAGGUAGCUUGUGGUUCUCAUCAUGUUGCUGUUUUGACUUCCAAACUGGAGGUUUACACUUGGGGAAAGGGGGCAAAUGGCCGACUAGGCCAUGGAGAUAAUGAUGACAGAAAUACACCUACGCUCAUUGAAGCUCUGAAAGACAAACAAGUGAAGAGUGUAGUAUGUGGUUCAAGUUUCACUGCCGUCAUCUGUCUUCAUAAAUGGGUGUCUAAUGAUGAUAACUCAAUAUGUUCUGGUUGCCAUAAUCAAUUUGGCUUCAGAAGGAAACGUCAUAAUUGUUAUAACUGUGGGCUUGUCUUUUGCAAAGCAUGCAGCACUAGGAAGUCUUUAAAAGCUUCAUUGGCUCCAAAUAUGAACAAGCCCUACCGUGUAUGUGAUGAUUGUUUUUUUAAACUCAAGAAAGUUGUGGAAACUGGAUCUAUGUCUCGGUUGUCUAAAAUUCAAAGUGGAAAUAUACUGCAUAGUUCCAGUGAGGUGGUAGAAAAAGAGACUUUUGAUUAUAGAUUACAUGGUCAACUAACCAGGCUCUCCUCAGUUGACUCUUGCAAACAGGCUGAAGCCAGACAAUCCAAGCGCAACAGGAAAUCAGAACCAAGCAAUAGCCGUUUCUCAUCCCUCAUGAAUGGAAGUUCUCAAUGGGGGAGCUCUUUUGUGUCAAAAUCGUCAACCUCCUUGUUUGGAUCACCAAAGAAAAUGUUUUUUGCUUCUGUUCCUGGUUCAAGAGUGGCUUCCCGGGCAACAUCUCCCAUAUUAGGGAAGCCAAGUCCACCUCGUUCUGCAACACCUACGCCAACUCUUACUGAUAUGAAAUCACCUGAAGUCACUGUUGAUGAUCCAAAGCAUACAAAUGACAGCAUCGGCCAAGACAUUAUUAAGUUGAGAGCACAGGUAGAGGAACUUACCGGCAAAUCGCAACUUUUGGAAGCUGAGUUAGAGAGAACAUCGAGGAAAUUAAUGGAUGCCAGUGCAAUAGCAGGAGAUGAAAAUGCUAAAUGCAAGGCCGCAAAGGAAGUAAUCAAAUCUCUAGUAGCACAGUUGAAGGACAUGGCUGAAAGGGUAUCUGAGGGAUCUACUGCCAGAAUUAGAUCAGGUUCCACCGCCAUGCAGACUGCCAGUAUUCCAAGUCCUAUUAUUAAUGAGAGCCGUUUAAGCAGCCUCAAUUCUCCGGAACUUGAGUCUAAUGGUCUUUCAGUAGAUCCACUCUCAUGCAAUGGAACCAAGACCCAAACUGAUCCAGCAGAAUGGGUGGUACAAGAUGAACCAGGCGUGUACAUAACUGUUUCCUCCUUGCCAGGAGGUGGUAGAGAACUCAAGCGGGCACGCUUCAGUCGAAAACGUUUCAGUGAGAAACAAGCAGAGAAGUGGUGGACUGAAAACAAGGCAAAGGUAUACCAGCGACAUAACAUCCGGAGUAAGGGGAAAUCAAGAGCAGGCCCACCAUCAGUGUCUCCAGAAGAAAAACAUGGCAACAAGGUUGGCUGACACUAUGAUAUAAAAGACCUUUCACUCUACGACGAAUUGUAAAUCCUAAUCCUCUUCUAUCUUUUUCCACUCAUCGGAGGAGUUUGGCACACUUGAAGAACCCCCACAUCAGAGUGUGGCAUGUAGGUUGGGAUGUAAGAAAGCAAACUUAUUGUAAAGAUGUGGACAUUCUGCAGCUAGUGGCUAUAUUGAGUUUGCUUUUGUGUUUUCCA